AUGGCAGAAGGAAUCAAUGUUCAAUCGUUUAAAGACGGUUCUGAUGCAGACUUUGAAUUCACGUGUUCACCUUGCAGCAAAGAUAAUAUAAGAGAAGAGGCUAACAAGUAUUGUCCUGAGUGUCAAGAAUAUUUGUGUAAUACAUGUACAAGAUACCAUGGCCGACUUAAUGCUACACAACAACAUAAACUGUUGGAUAAAAAUGAUGCCAAUCGAGGCUUACAUAUUGCUAGGACAAAAUGCCAGUACCACGCUGACCGAAACAUUGAAAUGUCUUGUGAUGGAGUAAACAAGAUUGAAGAUGCUUCUAAACAAAGCGUAACCCAAACGGAGAUUCAAGCUCUAUUGGAUGAAACAAAAGUUGCGCAUGGCACUGUGAAGUCCCUGGCAGUAAAACGGAAACAGAAUUUAACUGCUUUAGACAAACAGAAAGUACUUAUUGAAGUGAAACUAGAUGCUACAGAGACAAAACUUAUAGAACAUAUAAGAAAAUUGAAAAGAGAGACAGCAAAAUGUUUAAAUGAUAAAUAUUCUACAUUGAAGGAGGAACUCGUGUCUUCUAUCAGUGUAUCAGGUCGAACAGCUGAAGACUUGAAGCAAACUACGGAACAACUGCAAAUGAUGGAUAGUAUGAACUUAGAGCAGCAAUUUGUUCGGAUGAAAUUGAUGAAGAAGACUGUCAAAGAUGCAAACACUGUUUGUACAGAAGGUGCGGCAGAAGGAACAAAAUUUAUCGAUUUUACUGAAAAUAAAGAGCUGAAGGACGUCAUCACAAAAGCAAAUUCUAUAGGUGACUUGACAACUGGAAUUUUGGAUGAGCAGAUUGUGAAACAGAGGCAGUACAAAAUAAAGUCAACGAAAGAGAUCAAUUUGAAGCAGACUUAUGACUUAUGGAAUUGCUACAUAUCUGAUAUCUGUAAACUUUCUGAUGGAAGGACUAUAGUUAUAGAAUACGGUCAUCAGUUAGGAUUAACAAUGUGUUGUGGUGAUCUAUGGUCAUCAGCCUCAAAUGGUGUUAACGUAUACAGUACUUCAUCUAAUCUUGUAAAAUAUAUUGCCAAGGAUCAAAACGGGAAGUUUAUAUUUAAAUCCAGUGUUACGCAUAUGGCUGCCACUCCUGACACAGUGAUCGUAACAGAUGGCUCUGAUGGAGCUGUUUGUCUUAACAAGGAUGGUACGGUCAUUGAAGAGCUGAGAGACAGUAGAUUGAAGUGUACUAAAGGUGUAUGUGUAGCUGAUGAUGGAACGAUAUUUCUAUGUGGUUAUCAUUCACACAACAUCGUUAUGUUCAACAGGGAUGGUAAUUGUCUCGGAGAACUAACGGGGAAAGAUUCUGUCUUGAAAGCACCAGUCAGUAUGUGCUUCGAUGGGACAAACAAUAGGUUAAUUGUUGGAGUUUACAACAACGAUAAACUAUUUGUAAUCGAAUUUGCUUAA